CCCCUCCAUAAAAGCAGGAGUCUUAGCAAUUUGCUGGUCUGCCGCAAUCAGGUGUGUGUUAAUGCAAUGUCAAGGAGGAACGGUGUCUGUGCUGUCUUAGAGCAGCAAUUUCUGCUACCCAUAUGGGAAGGGUCAUAAGGCCAAACAAUAUAAAGUCCAUCAUUCUACAGUUAUAAAGAUUACUCACAAGUGGAAAACAUUCAAGACUGUUGGCAAUCUUCCCAGGACUGGACCUCCCAGCAAAUUCACCCCAAGUGCUCUGCCAUUAUACUGUAUCUCCUAGCAACAGAGACCUGUUUACCUACAAAACCUGCAGAAGACAGAGCGGUGAACAAGCAACCUGGAGUUGCAGCAGUGUCCGCAGGCCCACAGGAUUUUUUUUGCCAUCCAUCACUGUUGUCAGUGACUGUUUCCAUUACAGCAGUCACAGAUGGCUGAACAGGGGAGGAUUGUCAUACCGGCUACUGGAGCAAUUGGCAGGAAGGGGAAACUGACCAACAAUGCAGUCAAACUCCACAAUACUACUUACAAAGUAUCUCAUGGUGAAGACUCAGACAGGAUGGGAUUCACUUCUUAUCUUGGGCGUCCCAGUGAGACAGGCUUUACAUCAAACCACAGACCAGCUAUAUAUUACAGGCCUAGUUUGGACCACACUGACAACCCUCAGUUUGGACUCUUGCUAUCUGACAGCUUUGUCUCUCAAACUAAACAACACUACCAGCCUCCCAUCCGCUCUGGAUGUUCUGGGUCUUCAACAAACCUCGUUAACAAACCCGGAAACAGCGGCUUCCAUCAGCUGAGGAUUCAGCCAAAAACCGCAUCAGUCGAGGAGAAGACAGAAUAUCAAAGUUCAUUUGUGCCUCAUCGUCCUACGCCAGCAGUUUCUCAGAACCAUGUGACUGUAGGUCCUAAAGGAGGGAGUGGUUUCACUAAGGCAGCAGAACGUCAGAUUAACACCAGCUUGAUUGGUGAACCUCAUCAGACUCCCAGCUCAGUGAUGAAAACAGACUUCGUGCCACUGUCCCUGCUGCAGGGUACUGAGGCGAAAUCGGGCCUGUGCAGCCGUUCUUGCAGAGAAACGGGAUUCACACGAGGUGACAUCGCUCCCUUGGCCCACCCUGUCUCUCUUCUGUCGUCGCGCCAGACUAAAACCAAGGCCCCGGUGCCAUCUACCAUUGGACAAAAGGAGCCCACAGGAUAUCUUCUGAACACUCAUAAAAACCAAACUUUUCCUGAUGCACCAUUUGAUCCUUCAGACUUCAUCACACAUUAUAAAAGCAAGUUCUGUCAUCGUGAUGAUCCAGAAAAGUUCAAAUCGAUGAACUCUUGUCCCAGGAUUGUCAGCUCUAAAAUGGAAAGUGGCUACAAUCUUCGGGAUACGGACAGGUACAUCCUCAGGGGCUAGACCUUCUCAUGCCUGUGAUGAUACCUGCAUUGCUGCUUUGUCACAAAUAAAAACUGAAGUUUUUUGUUUGCAGUCUGGCAUGUUCCAAUAAUAAAAUCCUUUAAAUGCA